CAACUUCUUCAUCUAUACAAUUCUUUGAGGAUAUCCUUCCUUAACUUCUUCUCUUAAAAACACAAACAAAACAUCAACCUCUAUUUCAGCAACAAACUUUAGAAUGCGUCUCUCCACCGUAUUCCUGUUGGCUACCUCGGCCCUCGCUUUUCCUACGUCUCAGCCGCAGGCGGCUCAUGAUAGCCCUAGCAUCAGCGCACGCGGCAUAUACAACAUCGUUGCUGGCGCACUAGGAGCAAACUGGUACACGCCAUACUCUCAACAGAAAUCAGGUCAAUCCGGGUCUGGGUCUGAAUCCAGCGUAUCCUAUGAAAAAUAUUGCGGAAGUGUCGCGAAGUAUCCACCAAUGAAAAAGUGGCAGACUUUCGACUCUCUUUGGCAGAUCAAUCUUCCAGUUAUCAAGAGCAAAGGCACCAGUGACAAGUUGAUUGCUGUUCUGAAGGCGAAGAUCUUGGCUAUUGCCUUAGAAAGUCAGGUCGACGCGAGGGUGAUCCUCGCGACCAUUAUGCAAGAGUCCGGUGGUAAGCUUGAUGUUCCUUGUACUGCCAAAGUCAAUUGUGGUAUUAUGCAAGGUCCACCAGGAAGCCAAAGUUAUGACAGUUCCAACCCGGCGAAGAGCAUCGAAUCAAUGAUUCGAGUUGGGGUCCACGGCCACGAGGGAAGCUGGCCCAAUGGCGGUCCCGGCCUGGCUUGGCUCAUCGCUCUAGGUCAUACUGACCCAACGGUGGCAAUAAAGAAUAAGGGCAAUUUGUACGAGGCUCUGCGCGCCUACAAUACAGGCCGCCUCUCGGACCCCAGCAACUUGGACAUCGCCAAAUCUGGAACACCUUCUUAUGUCAACGACAUUGCGAACAGACUCAGGGGUUGGGACGGUUCUGGCACUGGCCAGGUCAAUGCGAACCUGGCUUGUCAUUAGUGCCGCUCACAACCACCCUAUAGACACAGAUAUAUCCGCCGGGUCGGAUACGACUGUCUUUACCUUCGUUUGUUGCCAAACGCUAUGUUGGCAAAAAAUGGUGUUUGUUUCUGUUUCGA